GGGAGGACCAUCCGGGACAGGUGGCUCACCUGGGCAGGAAAGGGACCUUUGUGGGCACGGGCCCAGAGGGUGCCCGGUGCCUCCCAGCGCCGCCCGCCCGCCCCUCAAGCUUGCCCCGGCUGCCGCGAGGCGCCCCGGCGGCUUCCCGGGCUUGGAUGAGCUGGCCGCAUCCUGCCCCUGCCGCAGUGCAAUGCUCUCUUUGUGGCCCAGCCCUCAACCUUGAGCGAAGGAGCCACCAUGCCGGAGACGGGCACCGGACUGGAGAACGGGCGGCGGGAGAAGCGGGGCACGGUGGACGGGGAGACGGCCGCGCCGGCUUCGACCGGGGUCCUGGAUAAACUCUUUGGGAAGCGACUUCUCCAAGCCGGGCGCUACAUCAUGUCCCACAAAUCAUGGAUGAAGACAGUGCCCACGGAAAAUUGCGACGUGCUGAUGACUCUGCCAGACACGACCGACGACCACACGCUCCUGUGGCUGCUGAACCACAUCCGCCUCGGCAUCCCGGAGCUGAUCAUCCAGAUACGGCAGCACAAGCACACCCGCGCCUACGCCUUCUUCGUCACGGCCACGUACGAGAGUUUGCUCCGGGGGGCAGACGAGCUCAGCUUGCGGAAGCCGGUGAAGGCGGAAUUCGGGGGUGGCAUGCGCAGCUUUUCUUGUGAGGAAGAUUACAUCUAUGAGAACAUAGAAAACGAGCUCUAUUUUUUCACUUCUCAGGAACGCCAGAACGUCAUCAGGUAUUGGUUGGAGAACCUGCGUGCCAAGCAGGGCGAGGUGCUGCACAACAUCCACUUCCUGGAAGGGCAGCCAAUCAUCCCCGAGUUGGCAGCUCGCGGAAUCCUGCAACAGGUCUUUCCCAUCCACGAGCAGCGGAUCCUCAACCGGCUCAUGAAGUCUUGGGUACAAGCCAUCUGCGAACCUCAGCCUUUGGAUGAAAUUUGUGACUAUUUUGGUGUGAAGAUCGCCAUGUAUUUCGCGUGGCUGGGCUUCUACACCUCGGCCAUGGUCUACCCGGCCGUCUUCGGCUCCCUUCUCUACUUCUUCACGGAGAACGAUCAGACCAGCCGGGACAUCUGCUGUGUGGUCUUCGCCCUCUUCAACGUGAUCUGGUCCACGCUGUUCCUGGAGGAGUGGAAGCGGCGGGGCGCCGAAUUCGCCUACAAGUGGGGAACGUUGGACACGCCCGCAGAGUCCAUCGAGGAGCCACGGCCGCAGUUCCGGGGGGUGAAGCGGGUCAGCCCGGUCACCAACGCGGAGGAGUUCUUCUACCCCCCGUGGAAGCGGCUGCUCUUCCAGUGCCUGGUGAGCCUGCCCGUCUGCGUUUUCUGCCUCUCCUUCGUUUUCCUCGCCAUGCUGGGCUGCUUCGAACUGCAGGAGUUCGUGAUGAGCAUCAAGGAGCUGCCGCGUGUGGUGCGGUUCCUGCCCAAGAUCGUGCUGGCCGUCAUCGUCACCGCCUGCGACGAGCUCUACAAGAAGAUCGCCUACUGGCUGAACGACAUGGAAAAUUACCGCUUGCAGAGUGCCUACGAGAAACACCUCAUCAUUAAAAUGGUGUUGUUCCAAUUUGUAAAUUCAUACCUAAGUCUUUUCUACAUUGGAUUCUACCUCAAGGACAUGGAACGUCUCAAAGAGAUGCUCGCCACCCUCCUCAUCACGCGCCAGUUCCUGCAGAACGUCAAGGAGGUCUCACAGCCCCACCUGUACAGCAAGUUCAAGCGCGGCGACCUGAGCGUGCAGAACCUGCGGAGCGUGGCCCACACGCUGCUCCGGCUGCUGACCCAGAAGUACUCGGCCGCCAAGGGUCACGGCGGCCACGAGCCCCGGCUGCGCCGGCCAGGCGGCCCGCCGGCGGGCUACGAGCCGGCCCCGGCAGAGGCACGCAAGGGGGAGAAGUGCCUCAACGGAGGCUGCGGGGUGCCGGAGGAGGAGGAGGAGGAGCGGAGGGACUCCGAGGACGAGGGCGCCAUCGACUGCGGGCUGAAGCUGAAGAAGGUGAGCUUCAUCGAGAAGGGCGGCCACAAGCCGGGCGAGCUCAGCCUGGAGGAGGUGAGCUUCCUGGAGGAGGGCAGCCCCACCAUGGUGGAGAAGGGGGCGGACCCCACCUCCGUCUUCGAGCUGUGCGAGGAUGACGAUGAGGGCGAGGGGGCCCCUGGGAGCCCCCUCAAGGGGCCGCCGGAGGCCAAGGACCCUGCCGUGGUCCUGCGUGCCCGGCGGCCGAGGGCCAGCAGGAACCCCGUGGAGGGCGAGGAGGAGGAGGAGGAAGAGGAGGAGGAGGAGGACCAGAAGGCCUCGAGGAGCUCCUGGAUCGACCCGCCGGAGGAGAACUACACCACGCACCUCGCCCAGGCCGAGGUGGAGAGUUGCAUGAAGAAAUACGAGGACACCUUCCAGGACUACCAGGAGAUGUUCAUCCAGUUCGGGUACGUGGUGCUCUUCUCCUCGGCCUUCCCGCUGGCCGCGCUGUGUGCCCUGAUCAACAACGUCAUCGAGAUCCGGAGCGACGCCUUCAAGCUGUGCACGGGGCUCCAGCGCCCCUUUGGCCAGCGGGUGGAGAGCAUCGGGGAGUGGCAGAAGGUGAUGGAGGCGAUGGGGGUGCUCGCCAUCGUGGUGAAUUGCUACCUGAUCGGCCAGUGCGGACAGCUCCAGCGCCUUUUCCCGUGGCUGAGCCCCGAAGGGGCUGUAAUAUCUGUCGUGGUUUUGGAGCAUUUUGCCCUUUUGCUCAAAUACAUCAUCCAAGUGGCAGUGCCCGACAUCCCGGCCUGGGUGGCGGAGGAGAUGGCCAAACUCGAGUACCAGCGGCGGGAGGCCUUCAAGAAGCAUGAGCGGCAGGCCCAGCUCCGCUUCCAGCAGCAGCAGCGCCGCAAGCGGGAGGAGGAGGAGCGCCAGCGCCACGCCGAGUACCACGCCCGCAAGGAGCGCGAGGCCGGCCGCGAGGAAGGCAAGCCGGAGGCCGGGGGGGCGGAGGCCGGCCCCGAGAAGAGCCAGGGCAAGGGCAAGGGCGCGGGCCACGGGCCCGAGAAGCCCAAGCGGCCCAGCUCGCUCCUGGCCACCAACAACGUCAUCAAGCUGAAGCAGAUCAUUCCCCUGCAGGGGAAGUUCCUCUCGGGGGGCACGGGCGGCACGGGGACGGCCCGCUCCCCGCAGUCCCCCACCAGCACGGACAACAAGCUGCCCGGCUUCCUGAGCUUCAAGUUCCUGAAGUCCCCGGAGACGAAGCGGGAGCCCCCCCCCGAGAAGGUGCAGUCCCCCACCAAGCCGUUCAACCCCAGCAAACUGUUCCACUUCAGCAAGUCGGAGGGUGGCGCCGCGAUCCUGGCGCAGCCCCGGGCCGGCCCCUCGGCGGAGGCGGGCGAGCGGCCCCCGUCCGGCAGGUCCCACCUCAACGGGCUGCCGGACGAGGAGGCGCCCGAGGAGCCGGAGAUCCGACCGGUGGAGGAGGAGGACGGGGGGGCGAGCCACAAGCUCUGACCCCCCGCGUGGGGGCGAGG